CGGGGCGGCGGGGCCGCGCCGCGCCUUCGCCCUUGGCCAGCGCCCCGGCCAGCCUCAUGCAGCCCCCGCGCUCGCGGCCGCAGCUGCCCGGCUGCCCGGGGCAGGUCCAGGACCGGAGCCGACCCACCCAGCGCCUGAGCGCGGGCGGCGGGAUGCUCCGCGUGGCCUGAGAGCGCGCCCGGUGCCCCGGCGGGAGCAGGAGGCGGCCCGAGCCGGGAGCUCCCGGGAGCGCAGGGCGCCCCACGCCGCAGCCUCAACCGCACGCGCCGGCGCCCGCCUGUCCGCCCGGUCCGGAGGCCCAGCCCUGCCCGUGUCCAGCGCCGGAGCGCCGCGGGGCCGCCAGCCAGCCGCUCGUCUGGGCGUCAGGGGCAUGGAGGAUCGGCGGGCUCGGAGCCGCGCCCCUGAGUCCGCGAAACUUCCGAGCCGGCGCCCGUCCGCGCCGCUGCCGCCGCCGCCGCUUCGCCUGCCGGCCUGAGAGCAGGACCAUGGAUGAAAGGUUCAACAAGUGGCUGCUGACGCCGGUGCUCACUCUCCUCUUCGUGGUCAUCAUGUACCAGUACGUGUCCCCCUCCUGCACCAGCUCCUGCGCCAACUUCGGGGAGCCGCCCCGCGCGGGGGAGGCCGGCCAGCCCGCCGCCGCCCCCAGUGCCGCCCGCCGGGCACAGGCGCCGCUCCAGGACCGGGAGCGGCGGCCCCAGCUGCCCCCGCCACCCCGGGGACCGCCGGAGGGGGCUCGGGGCGCUGUGGCGCCGGAAGACGAGGACGAGGAGCCUGGGGACCCGGAGGAGGACGGGGAGACAGAGGAGGAAGAGGAGCCGGACCCCGAGGCCCCGGACAACGGCUCCCUGCCCCGGUUCGUGCCGCGCUUCAACUUCACCCUGAAGGACCUGACCCGCUUCGUGGAUUUCAACAUCAAAGGGCGCGACGUGAUCGUGUUCCUGCACAUCCAGAAGACCGGGGGCACCACGUUCGGCCGGCACCUGGUGAAGAACAUCCGCCUGGAGCAGCCCUGUAGCUGCAAAGCGGGCCAGAAGAAGUGCACCUGCCACCGGCCCGGCAAGAAGGAGACCUGGCUCUUUUCGCGCUUCUCCACCGGCUGGAGCUGCGGGCUGCACGCCGACUGGACGGAGCUCACCAACUGCGUGCCGGCCAUCAUGGAGAAGAAAGACUUUCCCCGCAACCACAGCCACACCAGGAAUUUCUAUUACAUCACCAUGUUGCGUGAUCCGGUGUCCCGUUACCUGAGCGAGUGGAAACACGUCCAGAGAGGGGCUACGUGGAAAACCUCCCUCCACAUGUGUGAUGGGAGAAGCCCCACCCCCGAUGAGCUUCCCACCUGCUACCCCGGGGACGACUGGUCUGGGGUUAGCUUGCGGGAGUUCAUGGACUGCACCUACAACCUGGCUAACAACCGCCAGGUCCGCAUGCUGGCGGACCUCAGCCUGGUGGGCUGCUACAACUUGACUUUCAUGAACGAGAGCGAAAGGAACACUAUUCUGCUGCAGAGCGCAAAGAACAACCUGAAGAACAUGGCCUUCUUUGGGCUCACGGAAUUCCAGAGGAAGACACAGUUUCUCUUCGAGAGGACAUUCAACCUCAAGUUCAUCUCCCCCUUCACACAGUUCAACAUCACGCGGGCUUCCAACGUGGAGAUCAAUGAGGGUGCUCGCCAGCGCAUUGAGGAGCUGAACUUCCUGGACAUGCAGCUUUACGAGUACGCGAAAGAUCUCUUCCAGCAGCGCUACCACCACACCAAGCAGCUGGAGCACCAGAGGGAACGGCAGAAAAGGAGGGAGGAGCGGAGGCUGCAGCGGGAGUCCAGGGGCCACCGGUGGCCCAAAGAGGAUGGGAACCCAGAAGGGGCAGUCACCGAGGACUACAACAGCCAGACUUCACCUGUUGCUGGACUGUGGCUACAGCUGGAGAAUCCGUCUAGACUCACAAGGGUGUCCAACCUGUGACCCGUGGGCUGCAUACAGCCCAGGAUAGCUAUGAAUGUGGACCAACACAAAAUAGUAAAUUUACUUAAAACAAUAAGAGAUUUUUUUCCAUUAGUGUUUAUGUUUUUAAUGUGUGGCCCGAGGCAACUCUUCUUCCAGUGUGGCCCAGAGAUGCCAUAAGUUUGGUCACCCCGGUAGAGUGUACGAAACCGAACCAAAAAAAGCACUGCAUUGCCGAGUGUUUCUUCUUUUCACCUUUUCCCAGUCACCACUACAAUAAUACAGAGUGUUUUUUAAUAAUAAGGGGAGACAAAUGGAGAGGAAAUAGACAGCCUUGCCUACCCUUCAGUAGGAGGGUCAGAGUGAGUGAAAGUUUCACAACAGAUUGAUCUGAUCAAUCCCCUCAAGGAGCUGAAGGCAAAACGAGUGAAACUCCUAAAUCAGGUUGAAAAGCCUAUUUCAUUGAUAUCCAGCGUGUUUGAUGUUUAAGCCAGCUUUGUAUAAGCCACAUCUCAGCCUCCAGAACACUCUCUCUGGGCUUGAGAGUCAAUCAACCCACUGGCAUUCACGGAGUGCCUGCCCACACGGAGGCACUCUCACCGAGGCCUGGGGCCUCCAUCAGAGAGAGACCUGGGGAAGUUGCUUAGGGACUUCUCUCACUACCCUUGGCGUCAUCUGUCAUGUGAGGGGAAGGCAUUAUUGGGGACCUCCCUUUUGCCAGGAACUGUGGGAGGCCCUUGUCCUACUUUAAAUCUAUUCACCACCAGUUAGAUUUUAUUAGUCCCAAUUUCAUAGAUGAGUAAAGGGAAACCCACAGACAAUAAGGAGUUUCUCAUGAAUCGUGCACUAGGUCUGGCUGACUGCAAAGUACAAGCUCUUUUUGCUCCAUCAUGGUUUCCACCUGGGAUGAAAGCUUCCUGCCAAGCAUGCAAGAAUCCAGCCGCUAUUGCCCAGAAACAUAUGUCUCUGCCCCAUAUGGAUGGCACAACUGGGACAGCACCAAGUUGGCAGUGACCCAGCGCCAUCCGGCAUUGGGUGAGUUCAGCCCUUUCCAUGUCACCGACCAAUCGAUGAGCUCGGAGACUGGUGAUUUUUUAGGCAAUCGUACUUUUGAGCUAUACAUAAAGGUGAGUUAAAGGGGCCAAGUACAUACAGGGUCUGACACAAAUAAUGCCCCCUUUUAAUUACAAAAUCUUCUGUUAUGAAAUCACAAGCAUGUCAUUCUGGACCAUAACAAUAUCACACUCAAGCACAUCAUAGGACAUUUUAGGCGAAAUGUUCAAAUGAAAACUAUAAGUUAUUACACUCAUAUGUUGACCCUACCAACCACACUCCAGCAGGCUUUACUUCUGCCAGACCCUGUAUUUCUUGUUGGUUGGUAGAGAUUAGGCUCACAAAACAUUAAUGUUUCCUUUUCCAGUGAUUUGUUCCUAAGGUAGGGAUGGAAGGAAGAUUGCAGCUGGGAUUAAUGGGGAGCUCUUUCUCUCUGUCUUCACAUUUAGAUGCCAGGAUCUAAUAUUCUGCCUAGGAUGGCAAGACUGCAAAUUAUCCCUCCGGCUUCCAUCGUGACACACACGCACAUACGUGUGCCCACAUCCACACAUGUGUGCCCACACCCACACAUGCACGCACCACCAUGAUAAUCCAGUACUUUGUCAUGUGGGAAAUCAAAACAAGUUAGAAAGCAUUCAGAUAGUUUCUUUUAAACUCACUUUAAAUUUUUGGCAGGGAAUGUGUGCAUAGCUGAGACUUGGAGGCAGCCUCUGAUAACUUCACACUAUUCCUGAGGUACCUCGGGAUUUAUAUCAAAAGCCUAUCCGUGGCCUUGCUGCUAAAGGCGUGAUGUACGGUGCUCCACUGGAGACCAGAUAUCAGGAUGUUAGAGGAGAAACCAUCUCUUCUCCUUGGCCCGAGGCCGGUGCUGAGCAAAUUAAAAAGACCGACAAGGGCUUUCUCCUCAUGUCAUUUCACUCUAAAGCAGCACACUUGUCAUGUCCCCGGGGUUCUGUGUUGAUGGAAACGAAGAGGUAGGCAUGCAGUUUGUUCUCCGAAAGUUGACUGCACACCCACCUGCUGAAUGGAGCUCAGGGACGCGAUGCCAGCAGAAGGCAUCUGGGCCUAAGGGUCUGUGGGAAGUUGUCAGCUUUACUCCCAAACGAAAGUGAUUCCAGAUACAUUAGCGUUAAAAGCCCAAGAAGAGAGAAACAAUGUUCCCCAGGGACUUCCACUCCUACUUACUCCUGUAAAUCCCAAGUAGAUAUUCCUUUCCUUCUCUGGACAAGGGCAGCCCAGGAACCAGACUGGGAUGAGGUUUCUCCGUACCUGUGUGUGUAUGUUCAAGUUAUUAUUAUUAUUAUUAUUACUACUACUGACUGAGAUACAUAAUGUCUAUUCUGACUCAUUUACUGGCAGCUCCCUCUUGGUAACUGAAGAAAACACUAAGAAUUAUUUGGAUUCCCUUUCUAAUAAUUAAUAACAUUAGCAAUUAGCUUGAGACAACAGUUAAGGGUAUCAUGUGUGCUGUAUUAAAAUGUAUUUUUAUCAGCUAAAGGAGGUAACUGUGAUAAAUAAUUCAGCCAAAGGUUUGAAAUACACAAAUUUGUUCAAAAGUCAUUAGAGAGAUAGUAUAAAUAUGGCAGAGAAGGUCUAUCAGCUAGACCUAAGGAGGUCAGCAUAGAUCCAAAAAAAAUAAACAUAAGUGUAAAAUCAGCCAUUUGGCUGAUUUAACCAACAAACUCAAAAUGAUAGUGAUUUCAAUAAGAUUGAAGAAUUGUUCUCAAGAGACAAACUGAUGUAUAACUAUAGUGUGUGACGUUACCGGAAGCCAGCACCCUCUCCUGUUGCUUUUUCAUCCUAAUGUGCAGCUUCCACCUCAUGGCCCAAAACAACUGCUUCAGCUCCUGCCAUCUCAUCUACAUUUAGGACAGCAGAGAGGCAAUGGAUGGAAGUUGCACUUUUAGUCAUAUGUUGUGGGCUAGCACCUAGCUAUUAGCUACAUUUAGCAGCAAAGAAAAUCAGAAAAUGUCUUUAUUAUUGGUUGCCAUGUGCCUUGAUAAAUAUGAAGGUCCUAUCAUUAAAGACACAAUGUAAAAAUUAAUACUGAUAAAACUAUUAGUUUCUGACACAAAAGGGAAUUUUAAAAUAGUUCAAAUGAUUUUCCAUGUCACCUAUGUUGUCAUAUGUUUUACAAUGGAUAAGAUUAAAAUCCGUAACUUUAUAUAGCAUUUAAUGCUUUUUAAAAACAUUUUUACACUUAGUAUCUCAUUGCUUUUCACUGUAUCCUUCUAUGUCAAAUAGAACCUCUAUUCAUUACCCAUUAGAUAGUGCGAUGUGGAAAUUCAGAGAUGUAGAAAGAUUCCCCAAAGAGUCUCAUUUACUAACAAGAAAAGCUGCUCAGAGUCCACUCUCAUGACUUUCUAGCCUUUCCUACUACUUUACACUGCUCAGCCUCGGUACUGAGUUUGGGAAUUGAAAAAAUGUGGACCUAACUCCUUAUUGAUUUACAUCUCUCCUUACCCUUUCAUGGAACUGCCGUGACUUGGGUGAUGCCGAGGAGACUGGCCGACUGGUCAGGCCCUGCUUCUAGUGAGGGAGCCUGUUACCGGGAGUGAAAUGGCAAACGAUUGGCAAUAUCACGGGGGCUGCCGCAAAGCCCAGACAUUCCCACGGCUCCUGUGGGAUGUCCACCCCAUCCAAUCCAAAAACUUCUCAACAGGAUGCCAAGGGGAUGUGCUUGUACCUCCUCAGGGAAGCUCAGGGUUAGAAAGAUGAAAAAUCAGUAGCAGCUUGAAUAGUGAAGCUUAGGGGGUGAUUAGUACAACCCCUUCGUUAACAAUUUCCCUUCCUCUCUACCUCUUCCCCAGAAUUUUUAUCAGCCACUAAUUUCUUUGGUUUUUAAAGUGGUUUUUUUUUUGGGGGGGGGGGGUGUUAAAUGACUUUCUCUGCACAUUUGCUAGAGAGAGGAAAUGCCUUCAGCUGUCAUGAGUUAACACCUUCGCACAAAGUUUAUCUGAUUUCGUCCCAACCAUGACCUCUUGCUGAGAGGAAGGUCCUAUAAAAUGAAUCACACUGCGGCACAGGAUAGGCAGAGUAGGCAUAACCACAGGAAAAAAAUAGAGCUCAUAAAAAGGGAGAAGAUUGUGUACAGGUGGAAAGAUGAGGAAUUAAAUGUGUGCCAGAAAAUACUGCAACAUAGAGAAUGGCUGAUGUACAGCUCCUGUCCUCAAGAACAAGGGCAGGCUGGGGACUAAUUCUUUUGGCUCAUGAGACAGGACAAGAGCACGGGGACAGUUCUGGGGACUGUCCCCAGAAAGGAAGGCUGAGUGAGUAGGGCAAGUCGGCUCAAAGAGAAAGCUGGGUGGGACUUAACAAUACCCUGAUCUGAUCACAGCUGUGUCUCCAAGGCUUUUCCUUUCCCAUAGUUGCUGCACCCCACAGGCCUCAGGAACCCCGACUCGAAGCCUCCGGGCUGGUGGCUACCAAGGCGGGUUGAGUCUGAGGACUCAGCGCCUGCAGAGGUUCUUUCUCCAAGACACUUCCCGCUCUCUUCUUUUUGAAUCCCCUUCCUCCAUAUCUACUGGACAUAACCCUGUUGUUCUCUGACCACAUUUACCUGGACUCAUGUGAACUGAUUCCCUAAAACUUCGAGUCAGCCCUUUUGGGCAAGUGGGUGGGUUCUGAAACCUAAGUGUUUUAUAACUGAAUGGGUGGAAUGCACAUGGACCCGUCUUCACAACCCUUGACUGAACCAACCGACCUUGCAGAGGUGCUGAGAUGUCCAGAGGACUGGCCUUGCUACGAACACCAGCAACAUCCGCAAGACAAACCCCCUGGACUUCCAGGCAAGGACUGGAGGUCACCUAGCAGAACUCCAGAUCUGAGAAGGCGGAAGCGCAGAUGUUUCUUGAGCUCGUGUUGGACGUGGUCUGUGGAAGAGACUACAAUCCUUUGACACAUUAAAUGGCAUCUCUCUGAGCCCAUGUUCUGCUGCACUGUGCUAACUCAUCAAAGGGCCAGACACCAGGGCUGAGCAACCUCAGUUCUCACCAGGGAAAAUCACGUUCCCAGGAAGCAGAGUUUGUGCGAUUUAGUCCCCGUCACAUUGGUCUCCUACCAACUCGUCGCUAUCUUUUUUUAAAUCAUAUGAUCAACUUUUCUCUUCUUUCCUUGUUUCUUUUUUAUUCCCCCUAGAAGUACUUGCUGAGUUUUGCUUGAUUGUUUUUCAUUUCAUGUAUCAAAGAUGAAAAAUGUUGGAAAGAAAAAUCGGAACUUUUAUCUGGUGCCCCAUUUUAGAUGUAAAAAUAGUUAUAUUCAAUAGAUAGUAAAUGAUUUCUCCUAAGAGAUAUUUUCUUUUGUUUCUGUGCAACGAUAUGUAUGAACUCGGGUACUAAGAGAUUGUAUUGUGACAUUAUCAAUCUUUAUUGCUAUUUAAAAAAAUGAUAGUUUGUAGAACGGAGGAUUUCCAUUGAUGUGA